AUGAAAUUCAAGUUGGACACUACUUGUGAAUGUCCGAAUAUCAUUAGGUAUCACAGGACACCAGGUGAAACAGUCCCCAUAAUUAAAACAGGUCGUUGUAAGCUGGAUAUAACGUGUGCCACUCAUACUAUGACGUACUUCUAUUUUUAUCUCGGGAGAAAUGGAUCUGAAAUCCCUCGUCCAGAUGAUAUGAUGAUUGAAGAUGGUUCAAAUUACGUUGGAGCGGCACUCGGUGUUGAAAGAACUAAUGAGACCAUUGAAGCACCGCCAGGACCGCCAAUCGAUAUUUUUUCGUAUUUUGGAGUUUUAUGUCAUAAUGGAGAAUGGUAUGUGUCAAAAUAUCCUACAGGAGUUGGUUAUAGGAAUAAAGACUCUGUUUACAACUACAUUGGAACUAAUGGUGAAUUAGACGGAAAGAAAGCCAAGAUUGAGGAGUUUGCGUGGUGA